GUCCAAUGGGACCGGCGCGGGGCGGGCUCGGUACGAACCCGGCGCGGCGGGACGGGAGCUGGCGGCGAAGCGGGGGGAUGAGCGGGGAGCGGAGCCGGGAGAUCCGCCAGCUCCAGAAGGCGAAAGACAAGGCCCAGAGGAGCGGGAGCCUGAAGGAGGAAGCUGCCAUUUGUAACCAGCUUGGGGAGAUCUUGGCUAGACAUGGGCGCUACCGGGAAGCACUGGAGGAGCACCGGCAGGAGCUGCGGCUCCUGGAGAGCGUGGAGGACGUUCUUGGCUGUGCAGUGGCUCACCGGAAGAUUGGGGAACGCCUGGCUGAGCUGGAGAACUACGAAGCUGCGCUGAAGCACCAGCGCCAGCACCUGGAGCUGGCCCGCGCCCUGUCUGACCACACCGAGCAGCAGAGGGCCUGGGCCACCAUAGGCCGCACCUACAUGUUUGUGGCUGAGAGUGGCCAGGCGGGCGAGGCGCUGCGGGAGGCGGAGCAGGCCUUCAUGAGGAGCCUGGCCAUCCUGGAGGAGAAGCUGCAAGGGACGGUGCCGCAGCGUGAGCUGAGCGAGAUGAGGGCCCGGCUUUAUCUCAAUCUGGGCUUGGUGUACGACAGCAUGAAGGACCAGGCCAAGUGCAGCUGCUACAUCAAGAAGAGCAUCUUCAUCUCGGAGCAGACUCGCCUCUACGAAGACGUGUACAGGGCCUACUUCAACCUGGGGAACAUCCACCUGCGGGAGGGGCAGCACUCCAAGGCCAUGCGCUGCCUGGAGCGGGCGCGGGACUGUGCCCACACCAUGAAGGAGAAGUGCCUGGAGAGCGAGUGCUGUGCCAGCAUCGCCCAGGUGCUCCUCAGCCUGGGGGACUUCGUGGCCGCCCGGCGCUCGCUGAAGAAGGCCUACGUGCUGGGCUCGCAGCAGCCCCAGCAGCGCGAGAGCAUCCGCAGGAGCCUGCGAUACGCCCUGAAGGUGAGCCGUCUGCAGGAGGCCCUGGAGGAGAAGGCACCUGGCGACCCGCAGGCAGCCCUGGGCCUGUGCGAGCAGCUGGGGGACCUGUUCUCCAAGCAUGGGGACUAUCGCCGGGCUGUGGAGUCCUACCAAAGGCAGCUGCGUUACGCCGAGAGCCUGCGGAGGCCUGAGCAGGAGCUGGCUGUGAUCCAUGUCUCCCUGGCUGCCACCUACGGGGACCUGAAGGAGCAUGGCCGGGCCGUGCAGCACUACCAGGCAGAGCUGGCACUGCGGCGUGGGAACCCGCUGGAGGAGGGGAAGACGUGGCUGAACAUCGCCCUGGCCAGGGAGGAGGCCGGCGAAGGCUACGAGGCGCUGGAGCCCUGCUUCCGGAGCGCGCUGCAGUGUGCGGACCAGGCCGGGGAGCCCAGGCUGCAGCGGCAAAUCCUGCAGCACUUUCACCCCGUGCAGCAGAAAUGGGGGUGCCCCGAGGCCCCCGACACGCUGGCCAGGCUGCAGGGCCUGUGCCGCUCGCAGGGCUGGAGCGGAGCCGGGGACAGCGACGAGGAGGAGUUGGGGGACAGCGAGCCCCUGGAGGAGAGCGACCUGGAGCUGUCAGAGAGCGAUGGGGAGGAAGACGACCUGGACGGCUACAACAAGAGCGUGCCCGGCCGGCGCAGGAUCACCAAGUGGAACCGGCGGAAUGACCGAGGUGAGACCCCGCUGCACCGAGCCUGCAUCGACGGGAACCUGCGCCGGGUCCAGAUCUUCCUGGAGCAGGGUCACCCCCUGAACCCGCGGGAUUACUGCGGCUGGACGCCCCUGCACGAGGCCUGCAACCAUGGGCACCUGGAGAUUGUCCGGCUGCUGCUGGAGCGUGGCGCCUCCAUUGAUGACCCCGGGGGGCCGGGCUGCGAGGGGAUCACCCCCCUGCACGACGCCCUCAACUGCGGCCACUUCGAGGUGGCAGAGCUGCUGCUCCAGAGGGGUGCGUCGGCAGUGCUGAGGAAUGCCAAGGGCCUGAACCCGCUGGGAACCCUCCAGGAGUGGGUGAGGAUGUACGGCAAGGACCUGGACCAGGAGACGCACCAGCGCUGCCGAGCCAUGGAGCGGCUGCUCAAGGAGGCCAUGGCAGGGCGAGCACCCGAAGCAGCCCCGGCCCCCCAGGACACUCUGCCCAGCCAGCUGUUCGAUGCUGAGCUCUCGGAGCCUCUAACCCUGCCCCCCUCUGCUCUGGCCACACAGCCCCGGAGUGGGGGCCCCUCCAAGAAGCCCCCCACACCCUGCCAGCAUGGUGGGAAGGGGUCAGAGCGCAGGGCCGAGCAGGACGACUGCAUGACCCCGCUCCGCCCCGUCAAGAAGAGGCAGCGUCUCCUGGGCCAGAGGAUGCUGGGGGAGGAUUGCCGGAUGCCAGGGUUCCUGGUGCAGAAGGAGCCUGAGCUGCCCACCCACGGUGGGGGCCAGGCAGAGUAUGAAGCAGCCAUCCGUAGCGUGGGCAGCGCCCAGUCCUGCCUGGGCACAGUGCCGGUGCUGUCCGAGGCCCCUGCCAGGCCGGCCCUGAUCCCAGCAGACGAGUACGUGGGGGACGACUGGCUGGAGGAUGACCUGGGAGCGAGCCGUGAGUCCUGCAAGAGGGGCCGCCGGGGCCAGGGGGAGUCGGGCUCUGACUCUGCAGACACCACAGGGCCCGAGAGUGAUGGCGGAGCCCCCUGCCCAGCGUCGCCCCCGAGGAGGAAGGCCCGGCAGAGCCGCCUCACCCAGAUUGUGGACAGAACAGUGCUGGGCCGGUCCCGCGGAGGCUGCGCCCUGGGGGCCCCAGAGACAGCCACCAGCCCGAGGCCCACGGACAGCAGCCGAGCCAAUGGCCUGAGAGGCAGUGGGGAGUCCCCACAGCUACCUUCGCUGUCUGCAACCCCUGCUCGGCUGCCCCCCAUCCGAGUGCGGGUUCGGGUCCAGGACAAUGUCUUCCUGAUCCCCGUGCCCCACAGCAGCAGCGAGAGCCACCCGGUGGCAUGGCUGGCAGAGCAGGCGGCCCAGCGCCAUUACCAGACGUGUGGCCUGCUGCCACGGCUCACCCUCAAGAAGGAGGGGGCGCUGCUGGCACCCCAGGAUCUCAUUGUGGACGUGCUGCAGAGCAACGAGGAGGUGUUAGCAGAGGUGCAGUCCUGGGACCUGCCCCCGCUUGCCGACCGGUACAGGAAGGCCUGUCGCAGCCUGGCCGUGGGUGAGCACCGGCUGCUGCUGAAGAUCAUGGAGCUGCAGGAGUCGGGCCCCUCGUUCAGCGCCUGCAGCCUCUCGCUGCGCCAGCCCCACCUCGCCCCGCUCCUGCGCGCCCUCAAGCUGCAGACCUGCAUCCGGCAGCUGCGGCUGGCUGGGAACGGCCUGGCCGACGGCCUGGCCACUGAGCUGCUGGCCACACUGGGCACCAUGCCCGGCCUGACCCUCCUCGACCUGUCAGCCAACCAGCUCGGGGCUGAGGGGCUCCACACGCUGGCAGCAGGGCUGCCUGCCCAGACGGCCUUUCAGAGCCUGGAAGAGCUGGAUCUCAGCCUGAACCCCCUGGGAGACAGCAGCUCCCAGGCCCUGGCCUGCCUGGUUCAGGCCUGCCCCGUCCUGACCACGCUCCGACUGCAGGCCUGUGGCUUCACUGGGGCUUUCCUGCAGCACCACCGCCUCCUGCUGGCCAACAGCCUGAAAGGAGCUGUGCACCUGAAGACCCUCGCUUUGUCCCACAAUGCCCUGGGCUCCACCAGCCUGGAGCUACUGCUCAGGAGCCUGCCCUGCGCCACCCUUAGCCGGCUGGAGAUCGGCUCGGUGGCUGCCCGGCUGGAGGAGCCUCUCGUGGAUCCGGUGGUCAGGUACCUGACACAGGAGGGAUGUGCUCUCACCCACCUGACUGUGUCUGGGAACCGCCUGAGCGACGAGGCUGUCGCAGAGCUGGCCAGGUGCCUCCUGGUUUGUCCAGCUUUGGUCUCGCUGGAUUUGUCGGCAAACCCGGGGAUCACCGUUGUGGGCUUGCGGAUGCUGCUGUCAGCCCUGGGGGAGAGGAACCAAGGGCUCCACUACCUCAGCCUGGCAGGCUGCAGCGUGCGCAGCCCACUGGACAGCACCACGUGGGCCCGGGUCUCUGCUGACGUGCACGAGUUGCGACUCUGCAGCCGGCAGCUGAGCAGGAGCGACCAACGGGGCGUGGGCGAGUCCUGGCACGGCCCUGCGGGCACUUCUCUGUGCGCAGUCACCCGGCACCACAAGCUGUUCUGCAAGAGUGUGUGAAGGGACCUGCCUCCUCCUGCUGUAUGGAUCCCUCUGGGCCUGCUUGACUCCAUCCUCGGCCAGCCCUGGAACCGCACAGCUAGCGGGGAGCACUCAGCAGGCAGUGGCCUCUGGCAGAGGGGGUGGCUGGCGGGUAGGAGGAAGCGACCACUGGCUGGCCUGUACCAGCAGCCGCUCUGCACUCAGAACUCAGCGCUGGCUCCUGGUGCCUAUCCUGCCAUCUCCAGGUGCCUGGCCCCUCUGCAAGCUGAGAAGGGAGCAUGACCCCAGAUGCUGCUGUGGUGCUGGGCCUGCCGGCCGUGUGCUAUGAUCAGUGGAACUCCCUGCAGAACUGUCCGCACCCUGGGCAUCGCUUGGCUCUGGAUGUCCAAAGGAGGCAGCACGUUACUUGCCUGCACUGCUCAUGGAGUGAUAGUGGGAAUUCCUAGUGCGCCGCUCCAGAGAUCACUGAGCCUCACCCAGCUGCUUUCAUGCCGGAGUAACCUGUGGGCUGGGUUGUGUGUUUUCCUGGCACAGCAACUGCCCUGGAGCAAGUUCUGAAGGUCACUGCCUGGGGAAACCAGCUGUCUGAGACUGACCGAGCCCUGGGGCAGAAGGGUCCCCUGCUCCAUUGCUCUGGGAGACUGACUUGGGCUGAGUGUAAUAUUUUAUUUGUUCUCUUUAAUAAUCUUUCUGUAAUCCAGUCCUGGGGGAGGUAUUCACACUCUCCCCAAGCCCAGGGGUUCUGACCCCGAGCUAGUUCAGACAUCACAGGUUAUUUAUUGACUGUCGGGUGCUUUCCUGGGAGCCCAGAGCUUGCUGCUCACGGCCCCAGGGGCAUUGAUUAACCAUGGUAAAUAAAGUGCUGCAUUCCACC